AUGGCUCAAUCUAGACCUGACGUGUCGAACAAUGUGGGGUCUUCUUCUCACGUCGUCGGCCAAGAUAGAGAUCAGUCUCCAAAUUCACUACCAACUUCAGGCUCUGCAAGUGACAACGAAUCUAGCGAAAGAGUAACAAGGGAAAAGCUGAAAAAGGCAUCCAUAGGUUCUCUGGGUCAGGAUUCUAACGCAGGUCCUGCAGCUGCAUCGACGACAGACGUACCUGUUGACGUCAAAGCUGACCCAUCUCCGACAGGUGGGAAACCGGGGCCAUCUGUCGACAACAGUCGUGGCAGGUCGCAACGAAAGCGCUCCUUCGAUGAAAGUGAGGACAAGAAUCUUAACCGGGAGGAUUCAAAGGCCAACGAAGAGGCGGAUACAAAUACCCACGCGAGAAAAAGAUCCAGAGAUGUCAAGAAAGCGGAGCAUGUUAGCAGCGAACGGGAGGCUCUAGCAUCCGCCACCGAAUGCACAACCAGAGCAUCCAAGGACGGAGAUGAGGGGACCAAUCAUAAUAAUGCAACAGCAGAUACAGUGGAACGUCUGGGUCAGGUCGCGCAGGGUAUUCAACCUGCCACGAUACCCGAAGUCGAUAGUGAGCCGAGUAGACCCUUCACCUCUGGACUCAGCAACGCUAUUCAGGAAGGUCAGGAGGGCACUCGAACACCAUUGGACCCUUUCACUAUUAGAGAUGGUACUUACAGUCCAAGGAAGAAACGUAGUAGAGAUCAAUUCGACGCAGAGGUGAACAGGGAGCAAAAGGUAGCAGCCACUGAAGAAGCACGAGCCCAACGACUCUCUAGUGAAGUGGAUAGACCUGCAGUCGCUGCCUUAGGCGGCGAAACCUUUCCCCCUCCAAGUACGCUCGGUAAGAGAGAGGGGGACCAGCACGAUCCGCCAAAGAACGUUUUCGGAAGCAUCUCAGGGUUUGCCUCGGACACAACUAAGGCACGAAUGUCUUCACCAGGGAGGUCUUCUGAACCGCAAACAGCAUCGGCUUCUGCAUUUGCUUCAUCUGGCUUCGCUGCUUUAGCUCAAUCAUCGACUUCUCCUUUUGGCCCUUUUGCGGGUGUCACUGUGAACGGCGCAGGGAAUUUGUCAGGAGACUCGGGGGCGGCAUCGAAAUGGGAGAAGACAUCAGUUGCAGGCUCGCACACUAAGACCUUGAUGUCGAGCGCUCCUUCACAAAAAAAUGAUUCGUCCCCUUUCUCUGGGUUGGAACCAUCCAAGCCCAGCGUUUUCGGAGGCUCCAUAUUCGGUCAACGAUUUGACGGCGGUUUCGGUGCCGGCGAUAAAUUGACAACCUUCGCUGCACCUAACGGUGAUGCUAAUUUAGGUUCCAGUAAAGGUGCUAUUAGGCCCAUUGGGUCUCCAGAGCACGAAGAUGAAAUGCUAACACAGAAUCAUGGUGAAGGUGAUGGCGACAAUGAUACAGAAAAAGGCGAUGUUACUGAAGAAGAGGCUGAUGAGCAGUCGCAAGACCCGCCUGUCGGACCUGGAAAUGGAGAAGAUGGUGAGCACUCAGAAAUCACCACAAAAGCAAGCCUCUUCGCCUUUCGAAACAAUGUAUGGAAGGAAAGUGGGAAAGGAACCUUUAAAUUUAACGUAGCAGAUGCGGACAAUGAGCGUGGCUCAUCAAAGACCGGGCGCUUCAUCAUGCGAGCACAUCAAACAUAUCGCGUAAUGCUCAACACGCCUGUUUUCAAAGAGAUGAAGGUGGGCGAUAGUAAGGGAAACGAACCAGCUGGGAAGUCUUUUGCGUUUCUGGUCAUUGAAGAUGGCAAACCCACGCCCCAUAUGAUCAAGGUGAUUUCAACCUUCUUCUAUCUGCCAUUAUGGCCGUACUAA